UUUUUUUUUUUUUUUUUUUUUUUUUGUAACACAUUCUUUCCAUUUUCUUUCACACGAUCACAAUGCAAUGUUUGUUUGUUUGUUCAUGAGAGAGUUAUGUAGCAAUGUCACCUAAAAUCGAGGAUUUCGACUAGCCAGCCUUAUUGUUCGAGUAUCAUUCGGUCACACAAUUAGUAUGUGCAUGAAUUCCUCGGCGUUAGUUAUAAUUCACGACUUUAAAUAGAGCCAUACGCCUUUGAUUCUAACGCAACCCUUCCUUUUUCCUUCACAUAAUCACAAUGCAAUGUUUUUAUGUGUUUUUUUAAACUUGUGACCGUUCUUUGUUUGUGGAUUAUAUUGUUCAGAAUUUGUAACUGAUUGAGCAAUGAUCAUUUUGAAGGAUAAGAAAAUAUUUAUGGGAUCGAUAGUACCUCGGUUUCCGCUUAUCGUCUUUAUUUUGUUCAACUUUCUGGACAAUAUACAUGCCGGUGUCACAAGUAGUUUCAUCCGUUCCGAGUGGCCAUCGGAUGACAUGCCUCUUGACAAUGACGCUUUCGCAGUUCCGAAUGGUUAUAAUGCUCCAGAGCAGGUACACAUUACUCAAGGAGAUUAUAAUGGAAAAGCUAUAAUUAUAACAUGGGUGACACCUGAUGAACCAGGGUCAAACCAAGUAAAAUACGGGAAAGAAGAGAAAAACUAUGAUUUUACCGCAGAAGGGACGGUUAAAAGCUAUACAUUUUACAACUAUACAUCUGGCUUUAUUCAUGAGUGCCUUAUUGAUGACCUUGAGUAUGAUUCCACUUACUAUUAUGAGGUUGGGGAAGGUGAAUCUGCUCGAUCAUUUUGGUUUCAAACUCCUCCAAAGAUCGGUCCAAAUGUUCCUUACAAAUUUGGAAUUAUAGGUGACUUGGGUCAAACAUAUAAUUCUCGUUCAACACUUAACCAUUACGUAGAGAGUGGAGCACAAGCUGUGUUACAUGUUGGAGAUUUAUCGUAUGCUGAUAAAUAUGAAUAUGAUGAUAUGGGUGUACGUUGGGAUACAUACGGUCGUUUCGCCGAAAGAAUUCAAGCAUAUAACCCGUGGAUAUCGACAGCGGGAAAUCAUGAGAUCGAGUAUAUGCCAUAUAUGGAUGAAGUUGUUCCUUUCAAACAGUAUCUUUAUCGAUACCCGACUCCUUAUGCUGCGAGUGAAAGCAGUAGUCCUCUUUGGUAUGCCGUUAGACGCGCAUCCGCUCAUAUAAUUGUGCUAUCCAGUUAUUCGCCAUUCGUGAAAUAUACGCCGCAAUACAAGUGGCUGAAAGCGGAAUUUAAAAAAGUCAACAGGUGGAAAACACCUUGGCUCAUCGUUAUUAUGCACGUGCCGAUAUACAGCAGUAAUAGUGCUCACUACAUGGAAGGCGAAAGCAUGCGAGCAGCAUUCGAGAGUUGGUUUGUUAAGUACAAAGUUGAUGUGGUCUUUGCAGGACAUGUUCAUGCAUAUGAAAGAUCGCAUCGGAUCUCGAACAUCGAGUACGACGUAACUGGUGGUGUGAGUUAUCCCGUUCCAGACAAAUCAGCUCCGAUUUAUAUAACCGUUGGAGAUGGUGGAAACCAAGAAGGUCUUGCAUCAAGUUUUAAUGACCCUCAGCCUGAUUAUUCGGCGUUCCGAGAGGCCAGUUAUGGACAUUCGACACUUGAGUUAAUAAACAAAACGCACGCCUUCUAUCAUUGGAAUCGGAAUGAUGAUGGAAAGAAAGUUGCAACGGAUUCCUUCGUGUUGCGCAACCAAUACUGGAAAAAGAGAAAACUAGAGGAAAAUGAUCUGCACGCAAUCACCCCAACUCCUGAACUUGACGCUUAUUAAAGAUGCAGAUACGUGUCGUCUAUAGUUACUGAACACAGGUAACUGCUAUUUGUGACAUCCAUCAAGGUCUCGAGCUUGUGUAGUUGUCGUAUCUGAUAAUUUGUUAUUGCUAUGUUUCAAGCUUUCAAUUAUACUAGCUUCUAAGCAGGAAUAACAAGUUUGGAGCUAAGAAAAUAAUGGCCUUGAAUGACAUCAUGUUGUAUAUGUUGAUGCUCAUGUUUGCUUUUUGGUUGUGUUUAGUGAUUGAUAUACAUAUACUUUCUUGAGUUAUGUCUUCUAUUUGUAUUGGAA